AUGAUCAGAGUUGGGAAGCAGCCGGUGUUUGGAAAGAUUUAUCAGAUAAGAUACAGCAACAGGGCAGCAUUGGAUAUGUUUCGAGACGCGGUAGUGAUACAGACAUAUGGGAUGAAGCUUGAGGGAAGUAUUACAUGUACUAAUGAGGCUGAUCUGUUGCAGAUUCUAAAAGGACUUGUGCAUGAGAAGCGAGACAUACUGUUGUUGAGCCCAUCUACUCUGGUUAUUACAAGUGAUAUCUACAAGAUGUUUCGAAGGCUGAACUCAAUCGGGAUAUCGCUUUUCAUGCUUACCCUGCAGGAAAAGCCUGUUUGGUAUGCAGAUUUAGUUGCUAGCAUGUAG